GCCCUGUAUUUGGUUUUUUAAACGCGAGCGCCCUCUUCUGUUUCGCCAGAGGAGCGGCCGAAUUCUUUCUGGGAGCGGAUGUGGUCCAGGAAAGGCUUCGCGGGUGCUGGUUCAGGCAGCCGGGUGUACGGAACCCCGCUCCAAAGCGUGAAGAGGGAGAGCGGUGCGGGGGGCAGCCUCCGUUUGCAGGCCUGGGGUCCUCGCUGACGUCACAGGUCUCUUCCGAGGCGGGAAAGCGGCGCGCUCAGUCGGAAGUGACGCACUCGCGCGUUCGGCAAAGUGGCGGCGUUUUAAGCUUAGCGGUCUGGGUCGCCUCGUACUCCUAAUCACCGCGUGGGAGGAGACUCCAGAACUCUGGUGCUUUGCCGAAGGGAUUGCCGGAGGGAUCCAAGGCAGUCCGCCGACCUUCCGGUGCAGACGAGACAGCCGAAGCUCGGCCCGCAGAGACGCCGGGAAGCCCGGGCCGGGCGAGAGGGGCGUAGGGGGAAGGGGCCCGCGGGCCAUGGCUCCACCUCCCGGGGUGGGGCCCGCGUCCCUGCGCUUUGUAGCUGCCGCCUGCUGGCAGGUCGUCCGCCAGCGCCGCGUGGAGCACUUCCCCAAAGUGUUAGAGUUUCUGCAGUCCCUGCGCGCUGCUGUCCCCGGCUUGGUUUGCUACCGACACCACGAACGCCUGUGCAUGGGCCUAAAGGCCAAGGUGGUGGUGGAGUUGAUCCUGCAGGACCGACCCUGGGCCCAGGUCCUGAGUGCCCUGAGUCAUCACUUCCCAGAGUCGAGACCAGUACCGCUGGCUCCUGAAGCCAAAAAGCAAGACAGGAAGAUUUUGGAGGCGCGGGAAAAUUUUUGUCUGCUUGUGAAACAGCUGUCGGAGGCUGAGGAUUUGACUUCAAGCCUGCAGGAACUCGAACAAGACUAUGGGGAAUGCUUUCUGGUUGCCAUGGAAAAGUUGCUGUUUGAGUACUUGUGUCAGCUAGAAAAGGCACUGCCCUCCGUCAAAGCUCAAGAGCUUCAGGGUGUUCUAAGUUGGAUUCAGCCUGGCUGCUUUGUCACCAAGUCUGCUGCUUUGCGCCAGUAUGGUAUGGACAUGGGAUGGCCAUUUCCAGAGAGCUCUGCUUCUGGCUCAGCGAACCUGCCAGAACCCACGGAACAGAGUCCUCAUGGGCAAACGAAACCAGCACUCCACAGUCCUCUGCUUAAAGCUAAGCUUGGCCUUCACCCACCCGCUUCCCGGGAACACUCCGAACAUGUAGCUGGCAGCCACUUUAAUCUGGCCCCUCUGGGACAGCGAAAAUCCCGAUCACAGUGGACAUCUGCAAAGGGGUGCCACAAAGAGCGGCCCACAGUCAUGCUGUUCCCCUUCAGGAACAUGGACUUACCAGCCCCAAGUAUAUCUACCCCUAAAAGCCGGGGAGAGCAUGGACUGGACACAGCAGGUUCUGUGGGUACCAAAACAGUCUCCACAGGGCAGUCUAAAACGCCAUCUCUGACCCUCGGGAAAAGGACUCCAGAGGAGGGCCCACCUGACUCAGAUGCUGCAGAGCAAAAGGAGGACUCUGUGACCUGCUACAUGGAUCCUCUGAGACUCUCAUUGUCGCCUCCCAGAGCCAAGAAACCAGUGCAGUCCCCAUCUCUGGGUAGCUCUGUCAUUACCAUAGGGGACUUGGUUCUGGACUCGGACGAGGAAGAAAACCAGAAGGAAGGAGAGGAGUCUCUGAAAAACUAUCAGAAGACAAAGUUUGACACCUUUAUCCCCAUGUUUUGUGACUACUUGCCUGAGUCCUGCCUAUCCCCUCCUGGCACGAUAACCAGCUCUAGGGUCCUGUAAUGGUUCUGGAAUGUCCUUUGCACUCUCCAUCUACCCCUGCAGCUCUGCAUGUAGUUUUGUGGGAAUGAAGAGGAAACCCAGGCCUCAGUUGCCUGACUACAUUGCUAAAGCUUUGUAACGCCUGAAAAUUAAAACUUGAAUGUGUUCACAGUCUUGAUGGGAAAGAGAAUUAAGACUUAGGUCUGUGUCGUGCCUCAGGAACACAGCUGGCUUCUCUAGAGCUGGUUGAAGACGUUCCCAUAUUUACUUCCUUUGUAAAGGGUCAUUCAGAUUUAUCUAGAAGGGUUACCAGGGUUGAGAGAGCCUGGCAAUCAUUAAUGUUAUUCUAACAGCAUUCCCUAAUGCUGGAAUAUAUUUUGUAAAUGUUCAUGCUACUAAGUUGUCUUGGGCUGGUGACACUAAGAUGUAGAUGCUUCAUGAGAAUGACUUGCAUUGUUAUUGAUCCAGGGUUAAUCCCAUCUCUGCCCAGGAGGGGAGGAAUGUCUAGAAGCCAACCUGUACAGAUAACCCAGCAUCUUUUUACCAUCAAUAGGAUCUGUUUUCAUUAAUGUUAUUUCAAAUAUUUAAGUACUUCUAAGCUGUUUAAUAAUUUGAUGAUUUUAUUUAAUGAAGCUGAUUAACAUGAUUCCAAAAGCCUUCUUUUUCCAGACCAAGGCCUGUCAUUUAUGUAUCAAUCAGCAUCUUUUUCCUCCUAAUCGUCAGGAUGCUGUCCCCAGAUUCCCAUUUGUUGAUCUCAUGUCGUCUUCCUUGCUCUUCCCCAGUGAGUGCCCUUAGCAUUUGUAUGUGCAGAAAGCAUAAGCACUCAGGAGUGAGAUGAUAGGAACUGAAUUGAGUAACACACACAGCCACAGUAGCUGGGAUGGGUGAGAAGCCCCUUUGGAAGGAAGGCCCCAUGCUAGAGUUGCUGUCUUGGGAAGGUAGACUUCUCAGGGUUAUCAGGAAUCGCUGAAGAUUGGAUUCACUUGCUGGGUGACUCGGAUAAAGGUAGUUCUCCGACUUAGUUCCUUCAGCUUAGCAGCCCCUACAUAUGUGCAUGUGGACCGGAUGCCUCCUAGGAUGUCACGGAUAGUAUGUUCCACAUCCCCUUUAAAGGGAACUUCUACCGUCUUUCCCUCUGAGGCCCUUGGAAAAGAAAAACUUUUAUUACCUACUUAUUCAGAAUGCCUUAAGUCCAGUGGCUCUUCCUGUCUCUAACAUUUAUAAACCUUUUACUGUUUUUCUCCCAAGAAUGGCACCCUACAUUUCCCAGGAGGCAUGACACCAUCUCCCUUAGUCACGUUCUCCAAGAACACUCAUGUGCUAGCCUUCCAUACAUACCUGUACUCAGCCACGCCUCCUGCAUACUUCUUCAUGGCCAUUUCGGAGCUCAUUCCGUAGAAGAGCUUGUACUUCUUGCCAUCCCUCUCAAUGAGUUCGCCGCCUGAUUCACUGUGUCCCGCCAGCAUGCCACCCAGCAUCACAAAGUCUGCCCCUGCCCCUGCCAAAGUCAAGAUACCCACAAAGCCACCUUAGUCUCAGUUCUAGGAACUGCAUCUUGGGUCUGUUUGCCUAGCUGAUCCACAAUUCCUUGGGGCUGCUCUGCUCCAAAACCCAGAAGUCCCCUGACUGAAACCUUUCUGCUUUCCUGUCUUCUGGUGAUUUCAUUUUACUGCUUCCCAGUUGAGUGUGACUUUAGUCCCAACAGGAUAGGUCUCCAAUUUUAAGGAUCACCUGGGAAACAGAAAAAUGAAGAUUUGCAGCGUGGUUCCUCAGGGUGAUCUUGUGGGUUGGGUUUAGGGUUCACAAAUCUACAUGGUCCAACAGUCUAGGGGAGAGCAUAGGUGGCCCUUGCUCAAGCUUGGGAGUCAGAACUCUAGGAUUUCCUCUGCUGGCCUGUCUGUCACUCGUGGCACUUUAGGUUUCAGGGUCACUGGUUCGUAUUAUGAAUCUGAAUAGCUUCCUGAGCUGCUUCUAGCCCGACCCUAGAUCCUCAGAGGCAACUUACAGGGUCCUCCUGUGCUCUCCCAGCCUCCUUACCAAAAGCCUUUGCCACAUCCCCAGGACAGCUGCAGCCUCCAUCCUACAAAAUAACAAACACAGUGAGAGACAGCAUGGACUCCUCGCGGCUUCACAACUGCCCAUGUCCAAAUGGACACAAAUUCAGCUCCUGACCAGGACUUUACUGGAGCCCCAUGCUACAGAAAACACAGCUGCUAGGCAGCCUUGCAUCCUCCCCAGCCCUCUGGUCUUACUGAAAUGAUAUGGCCUCUGAGGCCAUGAGCAGCGUCUGCACACUCCAUCACUGCACUGAGCUGUGGGUACCCCACGCCAGUUUUCUUCCGAGUUGUACAAACAGAGCCUGGGAAGAACAUGACGGUGAGAAGUGUUCUUCGGUUACAUACCCCAUAAGACAGUGGCUGCAGGGAACCAGCUUACCAGGGCCAAUUCCCACUUUGAUGAUGUCAGCCCCGGAGAGGAUUAGCUCUUCUACCAUCUCUCCUGUUACCACAUUUCCUGCCUGAGACACAAAACAGCAUCCUUAGGGUCAGCUGCGGAGAAGGCCUUUGUGCUCUCACGUAACAUGCUCUUGAGGGACCAUCCUAUUGCAAAUGAGAGGUACCUAGAACCCCGAUACAUGACCCACCGCCAACUGCAAAGGACCUAGAUUCCCACUCAACCUGCAACCCCACACUCCCACUUCCACUAGGUAUGAAGGACACAGGGAACUGGCCAGUGUGUCCUUGAACUAGGGCAAAGAGGUCCAGGAUGACCUUUAAGGCAGCAAGGCAGACCAACAAGAGACAAGUGGCAUUAGCUUUCGGUGAUGCAGGGAAAUCCCACUGAGGUCUGACAGUGAUCCCCUUUCACUGCCAGGUCACUGCCCAGUCCUGAAGCUCUGCCUUCAGAGGAAACGGGAAGAGUCCAUCUGCCCAGCUGUGCCUGGACAGUGCAGGCAUUCCCUGCAACGCUGUGAAGAAAAUGAAGCCUUGGGUUUUGUCUUUAAUAGGCCUCCAAAAAAUGAGUAAAUAAAGCAAGGUUUUAUGUGGUA